AUGGAGGUGGAGGCUGGGGCUCGGAGGGAGACUGCGGCGAGCAAGUUCACGCUGCCAGUGGACUCGGAGAACAAGGCCAAGUCAUUCAGGCUUUUCUCCUUCGCCAACCCGCACAUGCGCACUUUCCACCUCUCCUGGAUCUCCUUCUUCACGUGCUUCGUCUCCACCUUCGCCGCUGCGCCACUUGUGCCCAUCAUCCGCGACAACCUCAACCUCGCCAAGGCUGAUAUCGGCAAUGCCGGGGUGGCCUCUGUGUCUGGGUCCAUCUUCUCCAGGCUUGUCAUGGGCGCCGUUUGUGACCUCCUCGGCCCUCGCUACGGUUGUGCCUUCCUUGUCAUGCUCGCCGCACCCACCGUCUUCUGCAUGUCUCUUAUCGACAGUCCUGCUGGAUACAUCACGGUGCGGUUUCUCAUCGGUUUCUCCCUCGCGACUUUCGUGUCAUGCCAGUAUUGGAUGAGCACCAUGUUCAAUAGCAAGAUUAUCGGCACCGUCAAUGGGCUCGCGGCCGGGUGGGGCAACAUGGGUGGUGGUGCAACACAACUCAUCAUGCCACUCGUCUUCCACGCCAUCGAGAAGUGUGGAGCCACACCUUUUGUCGCAUGGCGCAUCGCAUACUUUGUGCCUGGCAUGAUGCACAUAGUGAUGGGUCUUCUCGUGCUCACCCUGGGACAAGACCUCCCCGACGGCAACCUUGGGAGUCUUCAAAAGAAGGGUGAUGUGAACAAGGACAAGUUCUCCAAGGUCUUAUGGGGCGCUGUCACCAACUACCGGACAUGGGUCUUCGUCCUCCUCUAUGGUUACUGCAUGGGUGUCGAGCUCACCACCGACAACGUCAUCGCCGAGUAUUACUUUGAUCACUUCCACCUUGACCUCCGAACCGCUGGCACCAUCGCCGCCUGCUUUGGCAUGGCCAACAUUGUUGCACGUCCCACAGGUGGAUACCUCUCCGACCUUGGUGCCCGUUACUUUGGCAUGCGUGCUCGCCUUUGGAAUGUCUGGAUCCUCCAAACUGCCGGCGGUGCCUUCUGCCUCUGGCUCGGACGUGCCACCGCCCUUCCCGCCUCAGUCACCGCCAUGGUCCUUUUCUCUAUAUGUGCGCAAGCCGCUUGUGGUGCCAUCUUCGGCGUCGCCCCCUUCGUCUCCCGAAGGUCUCUCGGCAUCAUCUCUGGCAUGACUGGUGCUGGUGGUAAUGUUGGUGCAGGUCUCACGCAGAUUCUUUUCUUCACUUCAUCACAGUACACCACUGGCAAGGGGCUCGAGUACAUGGGCAUCAUGAUCAUGUGUUGUACACUGCCUAUCGCGCUUGUGCACUUUCCACAGUGGGGCUCCAUGUUCUUCCCAGCCAAUUCUGACGCCACCGAGGAAGAGUACUAUGGGUCCGAGUGGACCGAUGAGGAGAAGAAAAAUGGUCUCCAUCUUGCCGGGCAAAAGUUUGCCGAGAACUCCCGCUCGGAGCGUGGCAGGCGCAACGUCAUCCUCGCCACGUCUGCUACGCCGCCAAACAACACUCCCCAGCAUGUAUAA